CAAUAUGGCUGGUCCUGAGAUGCCAGGCCAUAGCAGUCCUGUAGGAGACCCGCUAUCAUUCUAAAACAUCCUCCUCCGUAGAAAUGUAAAUUAAACCAACUGCAUCCGGAAUGUCUGCUUAUAGAAUUUUUGGUGAUUGAAAAACAUAUUAUACACGUUUGCUGAAAUAACACUGGUCUCUUGAAACCCCGGUGAUAUUUGUUGGCUUCAAUUUUGAGAUUUGUAGUUUUGUUUGGAUUGCGCUUUUAUGUUGGAAUCGGUAUGUUUACCAUGGCCCUAAUGAUGGUUUUGUAAUCUUAGAGACUUUUAUCUAAUUUUGAUGUGUUGACUAGUUUAUGUAACUAAACAAAAUGCACAGUGACAACGGGUGUAGCCAGGAGGCGAAAUAACAAAUCCUACUACGGCGAAGGCAUAGCUUAUGAAUAAUAAUUAGAACAGUCUGACGUUGCUUACUAACCUUCCUGAAACGUAAUUAAUAUUCAUAAGCUAAGCGUUCGAUUCGUUAGUUGACUAGCGCAGCUCCUGUCUAUCAGCCAAUCACGUAGCUGUACUGGACGAACGUCACUUAACGUAAUGAAUAUUCAUCUAGCAAGCGUCCUCUACAGAUGGUAAAGAGUCACUGCAUGGGUGUUUGACGCGCUGCAGUGCGGACCAGCGCAAAGGAUGCGCGACCGGACAGUUGUGUUCAGUGAGAGCCUUGUCGUUUAUUUAUCAGAUUGUAUCGGAUGUCCCGAGUAUAUGGGUAGAAUAAUAUUGAUGUAUAUACUCUUUUAAUCCUCUGUGGUUUAGGCUGCCUUGCACUAUGAUGCCAAUAGAGCUCGUUUAUACGGCGAAUUAGAGCACGUCACGUGGCAGAUUUGUGUUUUUGCUUUAACCUUGGACCUUUGAGUCAUUAAUAUAUGCACGGUUUUUAUAUUGUAGGAAUGAUGUUUACGAUUAGAUAACCAAGUGCGCUUGGUCAGUGGGUGUUUUUGUGGUAGUCCACUGGCUUGCAGUGCAUUAGCAGCAAGCUUGAGAUACAUAUUAAAUGUUUUAAGUUGCAUAGUAAAAACUGAUAUUUUAAUACGCUUUUUUAGUUAGUUUUUUUUUUUUUUUUUAAGAAUUAUUUUAGCAUCCGUGAACAGAAUUUUAGCUAGGUAGACCAUCAGUAACAAAAUGCACAAAUCAGGCGGUUUAUGGAAUUAAAAACGGUCCCAGCUGAUCGUUUGUGUCACUGUGAGGUCCCAAAUGAAGAUUUCAAAACGACGGAAAGGACUGACUUUGAGUAGUCUGUGUGCCAGAUAAAUGGAUCAUUUAAGUUGGGGGCUGCCAGAGUGUUCUCAGGGUUGCAGUGCCUAGCGCCAGCUCUGCAGGACAACGCCAACAUGAACGGCACUGCAGAGCAGCAGGACAUUCUGCCCUCUAACUGCAUGGUCAAAGAACGAUGGAAAGUGCUGAAGAAGAUAGGAGGAGGGGGGUUUGGGGAAAUCUACGAGGCAUUGGACCUGCUGACUCGGGAGAAUGUAGCGUUAAAAGUGGAGUCAGCUCAACAGCCCAAACAAGUCCUGAAGAUGGAGGUGGCAGUUCUGAAAAAACUGCAGGGUAAAAACCAUGUUUGUAAAUUCGUAGGCUGUGGGCGAAAUGAUAAAUUCAACUAUGUCGUCAUGCAGCUGCAGGGUAGAAACCUGGCAGAUCUCAGGCGAAGUCAGCCACGUGGCACCUUUACCAUGAGCACAACCCUCCGCCUGGGAAAACAGAUUCUAGAAUCCAUAGAAGCCAUUCACUCGGUUGGCUUUCUCCACCGAGACAUCAAACCGUCAAAUUUUGCCAUGGGAAGGCUGCCUUCAACAUACAGGAAAUGUUAUAUGCUAGAUUUUGGGCUUGCACGACAGUAUACAAACACCAAUGGAGAAGUCAGACCGACUUUCAUUCCCAGAACCGUUGCAGGAUUUCGAGGGACUGUUAGAUAUGCAUCUGUGAAUGCACAUAAAAACAAAGAAAUGGGUCGCCAUGAUGACUUGUGGUCAUUGUUUUAUAUGCUGGUUGAAUUUGCUGCUGGGCAGCUGCCAUGGAGGAAAAUCAAAGACAAGGAGCAGGUGGGUCAGAUUAAGGAGCGCUAUGAUCAUAGGAUGCUGCUUAAACACAUGCCAUCAGAGUUUAAUGUCUUCCUGGAGCAUGUUUUAGGCCUUGACUACUACACCAAACCCGACUAUCAGCUCCUGAUGUCAGUGUUCGAGAACAGCAUGAAAGAACGCAUCAUCACAGAGAACGAGCCAUAUGAUUGGGAGAAAAGUGGGACGGACUCCACAAUAUCUGCCACCACACCGACAGCAGCGCAGCAGAACACACGGCCCACGGCGGCUAUAGUUGGGGUCAUAAAUAUGACCCCGAUGCCAGGUGACCUUCAGAGAGAAAACACAGAUGAUGUUGUGCAGGACGAGCACCUAAGCGACCAGGAAAACGCCCCUCCGAUUCCUUCUGGCCGGCAAGCUGAUGGUAGCCAGUUACCUACGGACGCAAAUGGAUGGGAGGAGACAGACUUUAAUCGUAACAAACUCAGGAUUAACCUUGGAAAGGGAGGUCAAGAGGAAGAUGGUAGCCGGGGUGUGUGUCCUGUGUCGCCUCAAAGAGGUUUGGACUCGGGUGUGCAGGUGCACUCGCUCAGGUACCGACGGCUCAACAGCCCUGAAUCUGAUCGCAUGUCGGCCGCUGAUGGACGGGACGGUUAUGGACAGCGCUCUCGAAUGGACAUCCUGGGUUCUCCUUCUCGACAUGUUUACUCCUCCCAGCCCGCUCAGAUGCUGUCUGUCGAAGGCUGCCGCGGAGACCGCGGUCGUAAUGAGGCAUCUGCUUCGGUGGACCAGGAAGCCCACAGCAAUGCCUUCAUCCGCUCUGUCCCACUUGCAGAAGAAGAGGACUUUGACAGCAAAGAGUGGGUUAUCAUAGAUAAAGAAAUGGAGCUCAGAGACUUCCACCAUCUUCCAGGAGCCGAGCCCACCACUUCCGGCACCACGGAUGAGGAGCCGGAGGAAUUACGCCCUCUAGAGGAAGGAGAAGAGCGGCGGAGACAUAGAGGGACAGAUCCGUCAGUCAGACCCAAGAUGUCACACGGCGACCACACUACACGAGGCAUGCUGCCUCUUACAGAGGAGGAAGCGUCCAGGAGGAGCGGGAAAGGCCAGUCGACAUCUGUGGAGAGCCUUGUGCAGUCGCCCUGUCACUCGCUACCCUCCGGACGGCCGCGGCGGAAAGAGUCAGAUCCCAACGGACCUCAGAGACAGGGCCCAACCCUGAAUGAGCCUUUAUUGUCACCCACUGACUACAGGACUAAAUCCCCAUCCUCAGAGAAGGAAAUGUUCCAUAUCCUUCCUAAACUGCAUGCAAAGAGAGCCGACUUCCUCACUGUCAUGCUUACAGGAAGCCUACACCAGCGACGGGCCUUCACGGCCACACCACCUGAGACACAAGAUGAAGGGCCCAAAGAUGACGACGUCACUAAGAGUGAAUCCAGUAGUGGUGCGAGUGAAAAGAGCACUGAACGUAGUCAGGAUGGGGCUCCAUCUACCUUAGUGGCUGAUGAUCCACACAAGGAGCCAAAAGAACCAGGUUCAGUUGCUGAUGUAGAUCCUGACCAAGAGGACGUCUCGAAGACCCUUGUUUUGUUUUCACCAGGAGACAUGAAGAAGUCUCCGCAUGCUAUAAAUGGGACUGAAGUGGAUCAGGGUGUGACAGACUCUGGUGCCCCUCAAAAUGAGCAGUUGGAUGAAGUUGGUCAACUAGAGGCACAGAUCCAGGAGGACAUAAAACCGGCAGAGAGGCCUACAGAUGGAAGGCAACCUGAUGCAACUGCUGUUGACCCAUCCAUACAGACAUCUAAACCAGUGGUAACCAUCUCAACAACUCAAGUGGCCUCACCCUCAAUUGCAUCGCCCCCUUUCUCCAAAGUGGAGCAAACUUUUAUACACAUUGCAGAGACAACCCAUCUGAAUGUCAUGUCUUCCAGUGGUGCACAGGUUCCUGAACUUUUAGAGGAGGUAAAAGGAAUAUCACAGGCUAAAGGGAUAGAUAUGUCUUCCCUUUCUCAAGGGCCAGGAGAAGUAGCAUGUGUCCAGUAUGAAGUCACCUCUCAGACUCUUACAGAGGGACCUCAGGUAACUAAUGUUCUGGAUAGGUCUUUGCCAAACGAGAUUACUAAAAAACAGGACGAUCUUGUGGUUCCUCUACCCUUAGAGUCUAGGGAAUCUAUCCAUCAAGAUUCGUCAACUUACUCCAAGCAGGACAAGCAACCAAAAGAGGAACAUCAAGAGGAGAACACAGUACUUGAGAGUGUUUCUAAACAUCCACAGCCAAGGAGCAAAAGUCGAAUUCCUAUCCUAGUCCCGGAAGGUGAGCCAGGAUCUGAACAAUCCCUGUCCACCAAAGAACGACUGCGUAGAAGAGCCAUGCAACAAGACCUGGCCCGCCAAGUUGUGGAAAGACAACGUCAGGGUCGCUGGAUGAGACUGAAUUCCAGGACUUCAUCCUCGUUAUCUUCUGGAGAUGAGCCUAAGAGACCUUCAGAGACUCUUUCAACUACGGGCUCAGAGGAAGAUAUUCCUGAAUCUGAUGAUUCCAUCAACAAGCGCAAGAAGGAGGCUGAGGAAAAGUACCGAACUGAGUGGCACAGCAGGAUCCCACGACCAUUCACACCAAUAAGGAAGCCUUCAACUAAACUAGUAGUUGCAGCUCCUGUUGUCCAGCCUGAAGCCGAGACUCCAAAAUCAGAACAAAAGGCAAGCAAUGGCCCAAAAGUACUGUCACAAUCAGGAUCAAGUGCUCCACCACUUCACACAAGAUCAAAAUCAACACUGUCCCGCUCAACCAUUUCAAGUGGAAGCAAUCGCAUGCCGCUCUCCUGUGUUCCGGCAUCAUCCCGUCGCAGUUUGAGCACCGCAAACUGCACUUUCUCUUCAACCCGUAUAGCUAGUCCUUCACCCCAUAGGCUACCCCUGCGAACUGCAGUUAGCGAAUCUCACAAGCAGCCGUUUGCCCUCCGAGCCACUGUGGAGCUCCCAGUGAAGUCUAGGACUACUACUUGCAGUGGUCCUGCAAAGGACGUCAAAUCAUCACCAAACCAACCCACCACUACAUCUGUCAGGAAUCGAACCAAAGCUUCUGCUCACUCAAAGAACACAGUUUCCUUGAAAAGGGAAAAAAGCACAAGCAACAACACACCUGCAGCCAGAUAAGACACUGUGACUGCUGUCUACUGGGAUUGUUUCUUCUCAAUUACUUGAACAUCUUGCCUCAAAAUGUAAUCUGCCCCAUUGACUAAAAUGAACCAUUUAAUUUAAUUUAAUGUUCUUCCUAAUCAAUGAAUGGCUAGUUCCAGUUUUGGAUUCUGCACUAAGUAAUUUUAUGUUGUACUAUAAGAUGUAGAGCUUUCACUUUGAUGGAAGUUUCUUGGAUCAUAAUAGAGGAAAUGUUGCAUUUAGCUUACACGGUGCUAUACUGUUAUAUGUGUUGUUCUGUUGUGCAUAUUUCAUUUAAUAUAUGGUUUUUGAAGGUGUACUUUAUUAUUAAUUAGAUGCCAAGUUGUCUUUGGCCCUUGACACACAAUAAUGCUAAAAUGAGAUCAUGUAAAAUUAUUUAUAACAUCUGAAACAAUCAUACAGUAUAUUACAUGUAUUUAGCCAGCACAAAUUAUUAUACACCACCAGACACACAGAACGUCGUAAAAUCUGCCACAUAUCCUUGGACAAAUGCACAAAUUUCCUCUGGUCUGCAGCUCGGCCCUCUUUGUAAACCUUGUGAUGAUGGGCAUGCCUUGUCUUUAGCUUGUUACGUGUUUGAUGAUACUGCUGUAUGCUUGUACAUAUUCUUUUCAGUAUUUCUUGCAGAGACCUCUUUAUUUUUAUCAGGCAAAGGAAAUGGUAAAGUAUUUGGGUUUUAAUUUUGUUAAAGGAAUAUAUUGUGGGUUCUACAGCGAGUUGUCUCAUUUUCUAAGCAUGGCAGAAAUCACACAAUUAUUGAUAAUUGUCAAUACAGAUUAUUUCUAAAUGAACAAUUCCCACCUCUUUUGCUCUUAUUACAAUGGUGAGAUGUUAAUCAAGAUUUUUGUUGGAAUAAGGAGCAUAAAAUAAUCAAGUCUUAA